AUGGCAAAUGUUUCGUAUAAUACUAAGGCCACAAACACCACCAUAAAUUCCACGGAAACAAGCACACUUCUCUCCUCCUCCUCCAUAGAGUACCUGGUAUGGAUUUCUAAUGAGCGGCAGUAUGAAAUUAAUCGUCCUACUUUAAUCAUCUAUAUAAUUUCUAUAAUUCUGGGUCUAUUAGGAAAUUCGCUCGUGAUUUAUGUGUUUGGAAUCCGUUUAAAGAAGUCGGCUGUGGAUGUGUUUGUACUAUGCUUAGCGGUAUCUGACACUUUUACAUGUGUACUUUUGAUUUUCGAAACUUUAGAUUUACGAUUUCCUUUUUAUAGUGGAAACUAUCCAAUUCUUUGCAAAGUAGUUCGAUUUUUAGAGGUGUUUGCCAACUCUUGCUCCAGUAUUUUACUUGUGUGUAUAGCAUUUGAUCGCUUUUACAAAAUAUGCAAACCGUCCAAAUAUAUUCCAAUUAAAAAAGCAAGAAAAAUCGUGACCGUGAUUGUUGUGGCUACGCUAUUUCUCAGUUGGCCGAUUGCAUUAUUUCAUGGACCGGAAACCAUUGAGACAAUUUAUCCAGGAUUAUCCGGAAAAGACUGCGCAGACGAUGAUGAAUUUAAGGGCUCUAUUUAUUCCGGAAUGUACUUCUUUCUUCUUUUAAUUGUCACAUUAUGUUGCAUUGGUGCAGUUAUAGUGCUGUAUCUUGCUAUCUUUUGCGCAAUAUUGAAGUGGAAGUUCACAGUUGUCGGAGAGAAAACAAAUUCAGAAAUUUGGUCAUCCAAUACAUCCCUGUCGUUACCAGGAGAUUUCAAACACCCGGUCGAUACGGAAAGUAAGCAAAAUACUAGUACACAACAACGAAAGUUUGUAGUCUUGGGAGAAAAAUAUGAAUCAGCCAAGAAACAGGAAAUUCCACUAAAAACACCGAAUCAAAACAAAACAAACGCACAAUUUUCAUCUAUUCUGAAAAGAAGUUAUUCAACAAAUGACUCCAGCUCUUUCCAAGCCUCUUCUCGAACAUUAAAAAAGAGAGUUUCUUUUGAUUUGUCAAAUCUGGAACCAAACAACCAGUCGAUAUGUCGUUCUUCUAAACCCGCUGAUUCUAUCGAUGUUGUUUCUAAGACAGUAGUGCUAACCGCAGAAGAGGAGGAACUGGUCGACAAAGUGUUACGAAGACAGAGAAAUACAGGGACACGGAAUCCAAGAAACAGUGUACAAAACAGCAAGACUAAUGUUCGAAUGACGUCUACAACGAUAAUGUUCGCUUUGAUAGCCGUGCUGUACGUGCUGAGUUACAUACCCACCUUGACAAUAGAAAGCAUUAACGCAGUACAGCCACUGAAUACGAAGGCGAUGUCAGUCACAACUCAACAACUCAUCGUCAUAGCCAACUCCGCCUAUUUCAUGAAUCCUGCAUUUAAUCCCAUAUUAUACGGUGUGUUUAACAAGCGUUUUCGAGACGAAAUUGUAUCAAUUCUGAAAGGAAAAUCAUAG